AUGGACAACUCUCACGUCGCUCUAGUUUCCAUGCUUCUCAAGGCGGAGGGCUUCUCGCCCUACCGCUGUGACCGCAAUAUUGCCCUUGGUAUCAACCUGGUUUCCUUGACCAAGGUUCUGCGUGCCGCUCAGAACGAAGACAUCCUCACACUCAAGGCGGAUGACUCGCCCGAUGCCGUGAACCUCAUGUUUGAGAGCGCCGAGACCGACCGAAUAAGCGAGUAUGAUAUCAAGCUGAUGGACAUUGACCAAGAGCACCUGGCCAUUCCAGAGACAGAGUAUGCCGCUACGGUGGAGAUGCCGUCGGCAGAAUUCCAGCGGAUCUGCAGAGAUCUGAAUGCUCUGUCUGAGUCUGUCGUCAUUGAGGCCACAAAGGAAGGUGUCAAGUUCUCGUGCCAGGGCGACAUCGGCAGUGGCUCGGUUACCAUUCGUCAACACACCAGCGUCGACAAGCCUGAGCAGAACGUUUCCAUUGCCCUUAGCGAGCCUGUUGCUCUCACCUUUUCCCUUAAGUACCUAGUCAACUUCUGCAAGGCUACAUCGCUGUCGAGCAAGGUUACUCUCUGCUUAUCACAAGAAGUGCCUCUACUCGUUGAGUACGGGCUAGGAAGCGGCCACCUGAGAUUCUAUCUCGCUCCUAAGAUCGGAGAUGAGGAGUAA